UCUCACUUCAGUCCCUGUCCGCGUUAUAUUGCUUCUACGUAAUCCAAAGUAAUAAAUGUAUCAGACUUAACAAAUGCAAUUCACGUCCGGCAGAGUCGGUGCGGAGAAGACCGUGACUGCUCCUCUCGUUGCCGUGAAUCACCGGCCACAUUUCCCUCCGGAGUUUCUGUUUCCGGCGACUUUGUUUCCACUCCUCAUCAGGUUCUGAAAUGAAUGGGGCUCAGUACAACAGAACUUGUGAUCUUGAGAAACCUUUUCUGGGAUGCUUGGGGAGAAUGGUGAACCUCUUUGAUCUAAAUACAGGUGUUGCAGGAAAUAGGUUGCUCACAGAGAAACCACAUCGUGAUGGUUCUCCAGUCUCAUCAGGACAAUCAGAUGCAGCAAGCGUGAGUCAAUUUGGUGAUCAUAUGAAGGAUAAAAAGAUGGUGACUGAGCUAAGGAGUUGUUCAAAUAAAAAAUCAAAUGGAACACCCGUGAGAAUGCUCAUAGGGCAUGAAAUGAAAAAAGAAGUGGAUUCGAAACAUAAUCCUCCAAAUGUUAUUGCCAAGUUGAUGGGGCUUGAUACUCUCCCCCAGCACCAGCCUGAUCCAGCCGGUCAAAGAACUCAUUCAAGAGGCUAUUCACAAAGUCAUCUGGGCAAUACUUUGGAUUAUUGGCAAGAAGAAUAUGGGCUUCGUGGGCAAUUACACUCUGAGAUUCAUCAGUGUCCAGUUCAGGAUGAGUGUAAAGAUGUUUAUGAAAUAUUGCAGCAAUCACAGAAUAGACAUUAUUUUAGAGAUAUAUCUCCAGCAAAAGAAAGGCAUAAUAACUGUGCAAACGGGAAAAAGAUGGCUCUUGUUCGUCAGAAGUUCAUUGAAGCAAAGUGCCUAGUUACAGAUGAUAAACUUCGCCAAUCCAAACAAUUCCAAGAUGCUUUGGAAGUUUUAAGUUCGAACAAUGAUUUAGUCCUCAAGUUUCUGCAAGAAUCAAAUUCUCUGUUUUCUCAGAAUUGCUAUGAUUUGCACUCCAUUCCUCCACCUGCUGAUACCAAGCAGAUCACUGUCCUUAGACCCUCAAAGUUGAUGGGUAUUGACAAAUUGUCUGAGAUGGGGAAGAGGAAUGAGAAAGAGAUAAAGAAAGCAUUUCGCAUUGGUCAGGUGAUUGGAUGGGAUAAAAGUAAUCCUGGAUUUUCUCCUCCCAAUUGGCGGGCUAAUGAUAGUCCCACUCAGCCAACUCGAAUAGUUGUACUAAAACCUAGCCCUGGUGAUCCUCAUGACAUUAAGGCUAUGAUUUCUCCCUCUGCUUCAUCUCCAACACUAUUUCAUGGUAAAGGAUUCUGUGGUCAAGCGGAAGAUUGUGAAUCACAGCAAUCAAGAGGAAUGGCCAAAGGAAUAACAAGACAGAUGCUUGAAAACUUGAGUGAGCAUCAAAGGGACAAAACCUUGCUUUCCUCGGUAUUUUCAAAUGGCCAUACUGGUGAUAAAAGUUCCUUCAAUAAAUCAGAGAAUGAAUAUACUGCAGGAAAUGUCAGUGACUCUGAAGCCAUAUCACCAACUUCCAGGCAUUCAUGGGAUUAUAUCAACAGGCCUGGCACCCCGUAUUCUUCAUCUUUAAGCCAUGCAUCUUGUUCUCCAGAAUCAUCAGUGUCAAGAGAAGCGAAGAAACGUCUUUCUGAAAGAUGGGCCUUGGUGGCAUCCCAUGGAAAUUGUCAAGAACAAACAAAUCUGCGGAGAAGCUCUAGUACUUUAGGUGAGAUGCUUGCCCUAUCUGAUGCUAAGAAGUUUGUGAGAUCCAAGGAAAAGGGCAUUAGGAAAGAACAAGAACGAAGGGGAUCAACAUCAUGUUUUGCUAAUGAUUUGAAUAAGGACAAAGGUUUGGAUGAUGCUCCUAGUAAUCUUUUAAGGUCAAAAUCUGUUCCUGUCUCUUCUACUCUGUUUGGGGAUGGGCUAAAUGGUCAACAUUCAGAUAUUGAGGAUGGUAAAAUGGAUAGCCCCAAGGAGGUGGCAGCAAAGCCAAGGAGCGUGAAAUCAUCACUGAAAGGGAAAGUUACAAGUUUAUUUUUCUCCAGGAACAAAAAAUCCCAUAAAGAAAAAUCUAGUGCAUACAGAGAUGAAUCUCAGAAAUCUGCAGAAAUGCCCAUACACGCCCCUGAAAAAAUUAUUGAUGUUGCAUCCCGAAGUUCUAACAAUAGUGGGGCUGAAGGUGGUCCAUUGUUUAUUUUACAAGGAUCCACGAGCAAAGAAUCAUUGCCACUAAUGCAUGACAUAAGCUCACCUAAGGCAGGAUUAUCAAAGACAAAAUCGGAAAACCAGGAGCAGCCAAGUCCAAUCUCGGUUUUGGAGCUGCAUGUUGAAGAAGAUGACAAUAUAACACCAGUGUCCCGUAAUGUUAAGGAAGACAGAAAUGGACAAAAGCUGCCUGCGCAGUCUAUUAAAUUCAAGCUGAUUGACAAAUCACCACCCAUAGAAUCAAUGGCUCGGACUCUGUCGUGGGAUGAUGAUUCCUGUGUUGAGACAGGCACUUCUUAUUCACAGAAACCUUCAUUGGUCUCCCAAGGAGCGGAGGAAGAAGAACAAGAAUGGGUCUUCUUUGUCCAAUCAUUAUUAUCAUCUGUAGGACUUGACGGCAAAGUCCAAAAGAACUCGUUCUUUGUCACAUGGCAUUUACCUGAAAGCCCACUCGACCCAUCACUCAGAGACGUAUACAUUGAUUUAAAUGACAAGGAGAUAGCUUGCGAGGCUGCACGAAGGCAAAGGAGAUCGACCCAAAAGCUCGUGUUCGAUUGUGUGAAUGCAGCUUUGGUGGACAUGACAAGAGAUGGGUGGGAGACAAACUCGAUGGCUACACCUUGUGAUUGGCCAGCCCAGAACCAACACCUAGACCCGUCAUCCAUAUUGGUGGAUCAGGUUUGGACCCGGUUGGAGGAGUGGUUCUCCUGGAAGGGGAGGUGUGCUCCAGGCGACGUUGACGCCGAUAUGGACGGCGACGGCCAGGUGGUGGAGGCGCUAGUGAGGAAUGAGGUGGUUGGGAAGGGCUUGGCGGAGCGUGUGAAAUUGGAAAAAGUUGGGAUGGGGAAGGAAUUGGAAGCGAAGCUGCUGGACGAGCUUGUGCAAGAGGCUGUAAUUGAAUUGACAGGUAAUGAGUGUUAUAACUAAGGCGUUUUCUCUUCCAUAUUCUGCUUUUUAAAGUUUGUUGACUAUUAUUUUGUGUAUUUUGUUCAUUCUCUGCCUAUAAUUGUUACAAAUGUAUAUUUGUUUUAGUCUUAUAAUGCAGAUGCACGUACAGAAUCAGAAUUAUAUGGCAUGCUUCCUAUUUUAAGCCCCACUUAUAUUUGAAUUUUGAUAUGUAUGAUAUAAUUAAAUGUUAACUUAUUAAAAAUAGCACCUAAGUGAGUAUGGAACUUAUUGGAUGUCUACUUUGGGAUCUUUAUUGGACUUAGAUUUAAAUGUUGAAAAUAUUCAAAUAAUAAUAAAUUCCUAGAGUCCGUGCAGUGCUGUGGAAUGGACUUGUGAUUUGGGAGAGUCGACCAAAUUCAGAAUAAUAAAUAGGAUUAAAUGAGGCAGAGGUAGUUGGUCACAUAGAAAAAGAAAAAAAAAACAAAAAACAAAUGAA